AAAAAGCGGGCUUCGCGUCGUCCCUCUUUCGGGUCGUCUAUGGCCAAAACGGGCACGAGUUACCUCUUAUCAGGUUUUUAGCGUUCCCAGCAUAUUUUCUGCUCAUCAUUUCGCGGCUACGGGCGAUAUCGCCGAUGAGACUACUUCUGGCUCGUCACUCAAUGACCACUGAUCGCCCUACUUCGCUAACUUCUACUGAUCUUCCGUCUCGAUCGCCAUUCAUCAGGUUCACGACGAAGCAGACGCAGAAAACUGGAACGUCGCCGCUCGAGAUGGUGUUCGGCCCAGAACUACAAAAGCACGAUAUGCCGACCGUGGAGCGCAAGGGCCAUACGAGCGUGGCCCACGUCGCCAGGUGCUUCGACGCGACGGGGCGCCUUGUGAAGGGCGUCCCAUACCGGGGAAACCCCAC